UGAUACCCGCCAUUGUUCGGUGUCCUAUGCGGCUAACUAGUGGCCAGGAGGCGAUGUUGUCCUCGCUACCCAUGGCUGGUGCUGCUCUGGGAGGUCUGGUCCUGGGCUCACUGGCGGAUGCUCUUGGACGCAAAGCGAUACUGGUGUUUGCCAUUGUGUGGACAACCUACUUCAGUCUGCUCUCCAUCGCCUCACCUAACUUCUGGUGGCUGCUGGCACUGAGGACCCUGGUUGGGUUUGGCUUUGGGGGCAAGGGAUUACGGCAAACCUGGAUGCUAGAAAUGACACCAACAAUUGAGAGGGCACGUGUUUUCAGCCUGAUUUCGAUCUCCUGGGCACUUGGGAACAUUCUAGAAGUGGCGGUGGUGCGCAUGUCCGUCUCGAUUGUCGACAAACACCACGUGUGGCAAGUGGCUACAGUGCUCUCUGUCAUUCCCUUCCUUGCCAGUCUGCCGCUUUUCUUGUGCGUACCCGAAUCAGUGCGAUUCCUUCACCUCACAAAGCAGAAGACGCGGGCCAAGCAGGUGCUCCAUCAGAUUUCCGCUCAGAAUGGACGCCUCACUAGUUUACAACGAGCUGACAACCUGACAGCCGGCACGGAACAACUAGUGUCUCUCCGACCAACCACCCUGAUGCAUGGCUGGCGAAAGAGGCGCCGGAAAAACGUCGCAGCUGAGCAUGGCAAGACUACAUCUAAGUGCUUCCUGAUGGCCAUGAACUGCUUCUUAGCGUUUUCAGGCUCACUGUUGUUCCUGGGUUCAGGUAUACUAACAGAGGAGCUACUGUUGUGGAGAAAGCUGGCAACUGCAUCAAAUGCAACAGCAGGCACAGAGCUCCAAGGAGGUGACUACAUCAGCUUUGAGUCUAACACACCACAUGAUGCUGUGGAGAAACAGACCAGUUGCAAAGACCAGUUCAAUGUGAUAGAUACCAACGGGGACUGUCACCACCUGGCUGCGGCUGACUACAACAUGGUUGUUGUGGUCUUUGUCAUGGAAGUACCUGCACUUCUUCUUCUCUACUUUCUGGCCGACACGCACGGCCGCAAGCUCUCGCUGGCGGCGUCGUUCAUCGCCGCGGGGAUAUCGUACGCUGUCGCAGCCACAUGCCUCAAGUCACUAGCUGAGAUGAUGGUGGUGUUGGUCAUAGCCCGCAUGUCAGCUGUGCUUGUAGUGCAGCUUGCCAGCUUGUAUAUCAUAGAGGCAGUCCCCACACAGUCACGCAGCCGGUUCUUGGGCGGUGCAACAUUCAUCUACCGGCUGACGGGCGCAGCAGUGGCUCCCGUGACACUGGUUCUACUACGGCUAUCAAUGGCAGCCACCUUGGCCAGUGUGUCCGCGAUAUGCCUCACUACAGCCUGUGUUGUUCUACUGCUGCUUAUCGAAACCAAGAAACGACCAAUGCAGGACAAUUGGAAUGAGAAUUGAGUCAGCCAUUGAGUACUGGUAGUUCACGGAACGACUAUCUCUAGUCUAAAGUCAUCUCAACAGUUCAACAAAGGCCGGCAGCAGGUGAAAACUGCCCGACUACAUACACCAUGUAUACAUAUGGCGAUUCUCGACAUUACUAGUAGUGUCAAGUCAUCCUCGCCAAUGCCAUGAUGGUUGUGAAGCCGGUGUACUGCUUCUUCUUUAUGAUAAGAUCAGUCAGCAUAGGGUUAGCUGCCACUGACCCGGCGCUGUUGCCAAUGGCCAUCUUCCCGCCCUACACUACUGCUGCGGCAGGAUAUCCUGAAUGCCCUUGCCUCGCCAGCUGCAAACUCCUCCGGAAUGAAGGUCACUUGCUUGUGAACAUAAUUCAACAAGACAUACUGCACAAUGGACAAACUGAAUGGACAUAUCAACAAUUCUGAAAUUCCUGUAAUGGACAAAAUGCCGUCGCUCUCCUCCACCUUGAAGUUUCUUGACUCAGGAUUUGAACAUGCAAGUAAGCGCAACAAUCGCCACCACAACUAUUAUUUUGUAACAGUUCUAAUCAUACUUGCAGAACGAUAUAAUGGACGAGAUGCAUUCACUGCCCUCACGCAUCGCAAGCACCACAGCUAUAAUUAUUAUAACUACCUGUACAGGUGGUAUACUUAUACUCGCACACCGAGUACUGCAUGUUUCUAACAGAUUAUGGUUGCUAAUUUCAGGUUUUUAACGCUCACGGCUAGCGAAUUGCCCUGAUUUUCUAUUUCAAUUGAAAUAGAUCUAACCGAAAUGCCUACUUCAUAAUUGAGUGAUGCUUGUUAUGCAUGGCCUGCAAGCAUUUCUUUUCUCCAAACAUUCCAUUCUGUAAUCCUCUCUCCAGGAGCUUUCCCUUGAAAAUACCCGGUAUUUUUUGGAGUAAAAAA